AUGGACUCGAACUCCCUCUUGACCAAAUUAGAAGAGUCCCAGGCGCUGUUACACGAAGUACUCUAUGACGCCAACGUCGUCUCCGAUGUCCUGGAGCAGGCUGAGCUCCGCGUCUCCGACGCCAACGCAAAGUAUACCGCCCUCCGUCGCUUCGUCUGUUCAGCCCUCAUGGCUGAACUCAAACGACAGGCUGAUGAGCAGAAGGUCGAAGGUAUGCUCCACGAUUUGAUACUGACUGAAAAGCCCAUCGGGGCAUGGGACCCAUUCGAUGCCUUGAUGGCACACUAUGCCCAGAUUAAUGCGACUCCCAGCGAGGAGCGUGACGGUAACGAUCAGAGCCAGCAGGUCAACGAGUCCGCCGACGUGGACAUGGCGAACAUACAGUAUCCUGACGGCCCCAUGAGCUCAAUGUCCCUUGUUUCGACUCCCGAGUUCGUCGAAGGUCCCUCCGAUGCCGGAGAAGGGCCGUCUUCCUCCCGCCGUCGUGCAAAGGGUAAAGAGCCGGUGAGGAGGAGCCCACGCUUGAAGCGGGCAUCGGAUUACAGGCAGCGUUCCGAUGACAGUCAAGAAGCCCAGGUAUCCCUCCUCUGA